AUGCACAUACAUAACCUUCCGCAUCAACACAUCUACUUUGCUCACUACCUCAUCCAAACCCCCAACACCACUACGAGAGGACCUUCCCACCCUCUCAACCCCUCCGACCGACCAGUGCAUGCCAGACGGUCCCACCUCGCUCCCUUCCUCCCUCCCCUCUUCUAUCCCCUCCUCCCUCUCCCCUUCGCGCGACUCUUCUCCCUCGCCCGACCCGCUCCCACCGAGCCCUCACUCCCCACCUUCUCUACGCCGCCGAACUAG